GCAAGUUGGCGAGAGAACCUCACCGAUUUACGUUUCUCACCAUGACUAUUGCGCUGGCUGCUUUUCCGCCGCAGCGGAGGGGAUCGUUAUUCACUCACAGAAGGAAGAAACACACACACCUCUGAGGCAAACCGGAGAGAGAGCAUUACCGGGAAUUUCCUUUUGUUCCAUUAUUCAUUUGGAUCCUAAUAGCUGGUGGAAGUUGUCUCGUGGGGAUUAUGAUGGCUUCGGGUGCCGGUAAAGCCCCGCAGCCCCCCGGGCCAGGCUCCGGUAGCCUUAACGGGACUGCAGCAGACUUACCGAACAUAGAGCAGGAGCUGUAUGACUAUCAGAUGCAUGGCAAGAUGUGCAAGAAGAUAGCUCAGCUAACCAAGGUGAUCUAUUCUCUGAACACUAAGAACGAAGAGCAGGAGGCGGCCCUUCAGGCCGUCAGCCACGCCCACCAGGAAGAGCUGAGGCGGGUUACCACGGGGACGUGUACCGAGGGGGAGGAGUCGGUAGUGCUUAGGACACGCCUCUCAGAGCUGCAGGAAACUCUAGCUCAGGUUCAGGUAGACUUUGAGAGCUACCGUGUCCAGGCGGAGGAGAGGGAUCGUGGGGUAGAGGCAGAGCUAAGGAGGGACUAUGAGGAAAAGCUCCAGGCUCUGGGGCUGGAGAGACAGGAGACCCAGGCCCAACUCAACACGGCCCACGACGAGAGUCUCCGACUGGGGAGAGAGCUGGAGACGGCUGGGGAGGCUGCGCAGUGCCUGGGGGUUCAAUGUGAUGAACUACGGAGGAAAGGAGAAGAGGAGCGAGGGAAAGGGAAGGAGGAGGAGACGGAGAGAAUGCGACUCCUCUCGGAGGAGGUGAAGACUCUGAGGAAAGGGAAGGAGCGAGCAGAGGAAGAGAGGGAGAGAGCAGGGAGAGAGGAGAGGGAGAAGUGGGAGAGGGAGAGAGCAGAGAGAGAGGAGAGGGAGAAGUGGGAGAGGGAGAGAGCAAUGAGAGAGGAGAGGGAGAAGUGGGAGACGAGGAUGAAGGAGGUGACAGAGGAGAAGGAGGAGUUGAAGAGGAGCAUGGAGGAGGCGCGCAGGGAGGAGAGAGAGGAGGAGGAGAAGAGAGGGAUGAGUACAGUACUGAGAGAGAGAGUGAGGAAGGCGGAGGGAGAGAUGGAGGGCAGUCUGCAGCGACUCAACGAGAGCAAGAGACACGCUGCCAAACUACAGGACAGAAUACAGGACCUGGAGGAGGAGUUGGAGUCGGGGAGGAGGCGUGUCUCGGGGGCAGAGGGUGGGGCUAAGAGGGCAUGGGAGGAGUUAGUCGUGGCCAAAGAGAGACUACUGCUGCAGGAGGAGGAGCUGCAGAGCAAAUCAGAGGAGCUGCUGAGUCGUGGUGUGUGUGAGGGGUGUGUGUGUGUGAACGUGGAGGAGUUGAAAGGUCAGGUGAACAAACUGCAGAGCAGGAACAGAGAGCUGGAGUUGCAGAGCAGUGGGAGAAACAACGACUACGCCAGACAGCAUACGGAGGCCCUGGCUAGUCUGCGUUCUGAGAUGGUGAGGGCUCAGUCAGAGGAGCUCCGGAGAGAACGGAAACACGCAGAGGUGGAAAAGGAACAAAUGCAGAAAGAGAGAGAAGAAGAGAGAGACAGACUGGAGAAAGAGAGAGAAGAAGAGAAAGACAGACUGCAGAAAGAGAUAGAAGAAGAGAGAGACAGACUGCAGAAAGAGAGAGAAGAAGAGAGAGACAGACUGCAGAAAGAGAUAGAAGAAGAGAGAGACAGACUGCAGAAAGAGAGAGAAGAAGAGAGAGACAGACUGCAGAAAGAGAGAGAAGAAGAGAGAGGAAGAGUGACAACACAGAUGGAAGGAAACACAGAGCUCGUAGAGGAGCAGAGAGAGAGUCUGAACCGGGAGAAGAAGAGAUUGAAGGAGCAGGCAGACGAGGAGAGGAGGAGAUUGAAGGAGCAGGCAGACGAGGAAAGGAGGAGAUUGAAGGAGCAGGUGAAGAAGGCGAUAGAAGAGGUGAUGAGGAAACAUGCAGCUGAGCUCCACAACGCCCAGGAAGCACUGAGGACAAACCAAGAGCAGGUGUGUGUACGUGUGCAGGAGGACAGGAGGAGUGGUGAAGAGGUGUGUCGAAGGCUGGAGACUGAGAGGGAGGAGCUUAGAGACCAGCUGCAGCAGGCAACCAAUCAGAUCUGGCGUUUGGAAGGAGUCAUUCAGCAGCAAAGUCAGGGGGUGUGGCCUCUGAAACUCCUCCCACCUGCGGAAUCCACUGUUCCCACCUCCGAGAGGAUCUACAGCACAUACAGGAAGAGAUGGAGCGACAGAGAGAGAGUUACCAGAGGGAGACGACAGGUGAGAACAGACAAACAGAGACUGGAGGAGAAGGUUCUAGAGCUCAACCAACAGACCCAAGAGAACACAGAUAGAAACGUUCUAGAACACAACCAAGAGAACACAGACAGAAACGUUCUAGAACACAACCAAGAGAACACAGACAGAAACGUUCUAGAACACAACCAAGAGAACACUGACAGAAACGUUCUAGAACACAACCAAGAGAACACGGACAGAAACGUUCUAGAACACAACCAAGAGAACACAGACAGAAACGUUCUAGAACACAACCAAGAGAACACUGACGAGAGAAUCCGGUCAGAGUGUGAGGAGCGCCUGAGGGCGGAGCUUAAGGCGGAGCUUGAUGCGGCUGUUGCCACGAGCAACCAGAGAGAGCAGGAGCUGCAGACUCAACUAGCCGAUCUCCAAUCACAGGUGGAGAGGAAGGCGGGGCCAGCAGAGGGUCACCAUGACGACAGCGAGAUUGACAGGCUGCGGAGGGAGGUGCAGGAGACCAGAGACAUGAACCAGAGACUGAGAGAGCAGCUGCAGGAGGAACCACAGAGACACUCUGAAGAACGACACGUGGCGGCGAUGCAGGCUCUGGAGAGACGAGCUCAGGAGGAACUGCAGACCGAGAGGAACAGACUCCACACACUGCACCUGUUACAGCUAGAUAAGCAGGGUACAGAGCUGAGCCAGCAGUACACAGAGUGGAGUAGACAGUUGACCCAGAGACACAUGAAGCACAUCGAAGACCUGCAGACCGAACUACACACACACACAGAGAUGAUGGCUCUGCAACAGGUAACACACACACACACGUCGGGAGAGGAGGCGAUGGGAAGAGAAAGAGAGCAGAAGGAGAGAGAGGAGGAAGCCCAACGACUGAGAGAGGAGGUGGACAGACUGAGAGAAGAGGUGGAGAAACUGGAAGAGGCUCAGAAACAACGGGAGGAACAGAGAGAAGAAGAGAUGAGAGAAGAGGAGGUGCGAAGAGAGAUGGAGGAGAAGAGGAGGGACGAGGAGAAGAGGAUGGAGGAGGAGAACAGGAGAGAGGAGGUGAAGAGGAGAGAGGCAGAGGUUGAGGAGAAGAGGAAGGUGGACGAGGAGAAGAGAAGGAAGACGGAGGAGGAGGAGAAGAGGAGGAAGGAGGAGGAGGAGGAGGAGAGGAGAGAGGAAGUGAAGAGAGAGCACAGGAGAGCGAUGCAGAGUCUGGUGUGUGAAUACAGCAGCUGUCAGGCAGAGCUACAGACUCGCAUAGUGGCCCUGGAGACAGAGCUACGGGAGCGUGAGGAGAGGUGCAGGAGGAGGGAGGUUCAUCUCUGUGAUGAUCUCCAGAUGGGAAGACUCCAGGAGAGACUCACUGAGAGGAACCAGCUAAUCAAACGCCUGGUGGAGGAACGACAUCAGCUGCAUCUUCAUCCUCCGGUUGCCGGGGACAACGGAACCCUCAGGCUCCAUGACAACAGGCCACACCCCGGGAUCGUUACACCAACUAUGAGGAGGAAGCGUGUGGAGGAUUCUCCGCCCCGCGUCACCAGCAUUCCAAACCUCAGCGCCUAUGAGAGGAGCGUCCUCCUCCCCCACGACACCCCCUCCCCCUGCCUCCCCCAACAUCCCUCCCCCUCCUCAACUCUGCCCUACGCCUCCUCCUCUCUCCCCCGUUCCUCCCCAUCCCUCCCCCGUACUCCCAGGUCUCCCAGUUUGGAUCCCAGCGGUCGCGGCCCUCUCUCUCGGACCCCCACUCCUCUCCCCCCUGCUCCCACCACCCCACUCCCCCUCUGUCCAUCCUCCCUCCCCGAGCCUCGACACGGGAUUCGACACGUCACCUCACCCUCGCAGGAGCUCCGCCCACACCUGAACAGCCAGUCAACCAGGAGCCCAUAUUUGGAGCAGAGGGGAGUGGCCAGGGGCAGAGGGGCGGGACCCUCAGAAGCAGGAUUGAUCCGCAGUUCGGUGGGUAACAGAUUUCUGUACCCCGACGUCCUUGACGAGGCGGAGGGAGUCUGGAAGGGCAUCUAG